AUGGAAAAAAAAAAGAAAAACACGACUAGAUUUUUUGUUUUCUUUCAUUAUCUCAGCUGCACAGAUGUCAGGCAGAGGAUGGUGGAAAAAAGAGGUUAUUCCUAUUGGGAACAUAUCACUAAGAUGUGCUACUUAAGAGGUUCACCUGUAUGUAGUGAAGAAGAAAAGCAGAAAUGUUUGAAACAUAAAUAUGUUUCAUUAUUCACUGACUUUUGGCUUGAAAGACGACGAUCUCAAGAUGCCAUUUGGUCUUUCCUUUGCAUAAUCUUUUUAAUGGUGCUUAUGUUGGGCAUCAUAUGGUAUUAUGGUUUGUUUAACCGCAAAACAAAAAAAUAUAUAUCUGUGCAUGAGGACACCUGUCACUAUACAACUGUCAACAAAUUGAUUCAAGCAAAAGCCAAACUUCUUCCAAUGUUUCACAAGAAAAAAAGAAAGUCAAAGAAAAUUAUUGAGGACAGUGAUGUGUCAGUUGAUACAGACUAUGAAGAUUUCUGA